AUGCUGCAGUGUGUUAUUAAAAACGAAGAAGAGUAUCUCUGCGUGCAGCAGCUGCUGCUGCAAACCCUGAAUCUAGCUAUACCACCUCCUGCUGCUGCUGCUGCUGCUGCUGCUGCUGCUGCUGCUGCUGGUGAUGCUGCUGCUGCUGGUGGUGGUGCAGCAGCAGCAGCAGCAGCAGCAGCAGCAGAAAUAGAUGCAGAAGAAACGCCGCUUAUUCCGUUUCCUUUGCUGCUGCAGCAGGCAGCGGAACAGCAGCAGCAGCAGCAGCAGCAACAGCAGCAGCAGUUGUAUCUGCAGCAGCAGCAGCAGCAGUACCGUCAACAGCAGCAGCAAUAUAUGCUGCAGCAGCAGCAGCAGCAAAGACAGCAGCAGCACUACUAG